AUGGAGCACUUUGCGCCCACCUCAUCCGUGGGGAUGAUCGCUUGCUGUGUAUGCGGUCUUCCGAUUCAACCCAAUCAAGCAAAUAUGUGCUCACAAUGUAUUCGAAGCCAUGUUGACAUCACCGAGGGGAUUCCAAGGACAGAGACGCUUUACAUCUGCAAAUUCUGCAACCGCUACCUUGUGCCACCAGCCGGUUGGAAUCGAGCUGAACUUGAAUCGAAAGAACUGCUUUCGAUCUGUCUCAAAAAGUUGAAACCAAAAAUGAAUAAGGUUCGGUUGAUUGAUGCAGUCUUUGUGUGGACUGAAGCUCACUCGAAACGAAUCAAGGUCAAAUUGACAAUUCAAAAGGAGGUCUUCACAUCUACCAUCUUACAACAAGACAUGAUUUGCGAAUUUACUCAGCACAAUCAGAUGUGUGACGAUUGCAGACGUGCCGAAGCAAAAGAUUUUUGGAGAGCUUGUGUUCAAGUCCGUCAGAAGGCCGACUUCAAGAAAACCUUGUUUUAUUUGGAGCAGCUUAUUCUCAAACACACUGCUCAUCAAAAUUGUACUGGUGUAAAACCGGUUCCUACAGGAAUCGAUUUCUUUUUCCCACAACUACAAGAUGCGCGUCGCUUUGUGGAUUUUUUGAAUGUGAUCCUGCCGGUUAAAUAUCACUACGCCCAGGAAUUGGUCUCGCAUGAUACAAAAAAUAACACCUAUGACUACCGACAUACGUUUUGUGUGGAAAUCGUACCUAUUUGCAGGGACAAUGUUGUUUGCUUGCCGAAAAAGGUAGCUCAACAAUUGGGAAAUAUGAAUCAGAUCGUUCUCUGUCUUCGCGUUUCUAAUGUUUUGACGCUUCUUGAUCCUAGCAACCUUCAAAUGGCGGACGUCAAUUCGACAGCUUUUUGGAGGGAACCAUUUGAGUCUCUGUGCAGUCCAAAAAUGCUUACAGAGUUUUACGUGAUGGAUGUAGAGCCAACUGAGGUGGAACGUAAGCCAGGACAUGGAUAUGUGAGCAAGAAACACGAACUUGCUGAUGUUUGGCUACAACGCUCGAACGAGGUUGGCAAAGAUGGCGCUGAAACGCUCUCUUCACGUACUCAUCUUGGAAGACUUCUAAGCCCCGGAGACCUUGUUCAAGGAUUCGAUAUUAGAAAUUGCAACGUUAACAACGAUGUUUUGGAUUCAAUGAAAAGUGAUGAGAUUCCAGAUGUGAUCAUUGUUAAAAAGGUCUUUGAUCGUCAACGCCGUGCUGCCAAGAGAAAAUGGAAACUCAAGCGUCUUGUUAUUGAUGGAAACAUUGUUGGCCAUGAGACGGCUUCUGUUGCCGAUGAAUUCCAAGGAUUUAUGGAAGAUAUUGAAGAGGAUCCUUUCAUGAGAGAGAAGUUGAACAUCUAUAAGGAUCGUGAGAGAUUAGCCAUGCCGGUGGAUACGGAUGAAGAAGGUGCUAAUGAGGUAGUCGACGGCCCAACUCUUGCGGAAAUGCUUGAUGAUUUGGAUCUUGGUGGAGACACAAACAUGGAGGAGGAAAAUGAGGAA